AUGUUCUACGCUCGCUUCAUACUCGCCGCUGCAACCGCAGCAAUUGCUGCCGCUCAAGAGGGAAAGCCUGUAGAUGAUGUGAGGAGUGUCAACCGAACUCAGCCAGCUGUGGAUGCCUUCGGCACAACCACUCAAAGCAUUAACUGGACAUCUAUGCCCGAAACACUAUGUGUUGUUCCUGCGUAUACUAACAAAGCCGGGAUGGGAAGUGAGAAGAAAGAACUUACUGUCCAACAAGCAUUGGAUCUGUGCCCUCGUGCUCAACGUGUCGCGGUCAACAAUAGUUAG